AUGGCUACACACGACUGUUGGCGACCACUUCUUGAUAACCUCAGGGAAACUAUUGAAGUUUCCAAGGCUGAUAAGCCAAACAGAGAAAAGAAACAAAAUUUAAUCAAUGCUCUUGAUAGAGUUUUUGAUGAAAUUAAAUCGGGAGAAUAUAACCACAGUGGUUCAUCACUUUUGCAAAACGCCCAAGAAGUUUUUAAUUUAUUCAAGGAUUUAUUGUCUCAUUUUGAUGAUUGGUCCUUCAAACAAUCAAUUGCUUUUGCUCUUGUACAUUUCUACUUUAUUUUCGAAAAACAAGAAUUGAUUAAAUUGUUAAUUAAUGAAAACGAGGAUUUGUUGAAUUUAAUUUUGGAAAACAUUACUGAUUCAAAGAGAGAAGUCAGAGAUGCUACAUCACAAUCAUUAGGAGGUUUAUCUAAAGUUAUUGGUGCUGACUUUUUAAAGCAAGACUUUAUUUUGGAUAUUUUGAAUAAUCCAAAGAAGAAACAACCUGAGGAACCAUACAAAUCCGUUGAAGGUAUGAUGAAUACUUUAGGAUAUAUUUUGAGAAAUUGCUCUAUCAUUACACACGAACAAUUUACUUUCAUGACUGAUAUUUUGUUCAAUCAUGCUACUGAUUCUCAAUUCGGUUCUUAUUCUUCCUAUGUUAGAAGAUAUGCUGUUAGAAGUUUGACUAAAUCAUUAGAAUCACCAAUUAUUUUAGGAUCAACACAAUUGUUGAAUAGAUAUACGGAAUCUAUUUUCACUACUUUCAAAGAUCAAGAUAUUGAUGUAAGAAGAGCUAAUGGUCAAUUAUUUAUCAAAUUCUUAAUGACUUUGAUUCAAGUUGGAGGUGUUGUUGACUCUAUUUCUGUUGAAUCAGUCAUCAGUGACUUGAUUCAAACCUUGAAUCAAGAUAAUAUUCAAUGGCAACAAAGACACGGUGUUUGUCUUGCUUUUGAAGCCAUGUCAUUGAACACCCAAAUCUUUAACAAUGACUCUACUGCCACCAAUCACACCAUCAAUAUUGUUGAAAUUGUUAAACAAUUGUACCCAGUUUUGGAACAACAAAUGAAGAAGAAGGAACAAGAUAAGGCUGGAAGUAAUGGUAACGCUAUUGCAGCCAAAAGUAUUUGCAAUUUCUUCAUGUUACAAUCUAUCAAGUACAAUAUUGUGGAUCAAUUACAAUAUGUCCAAGACAUGAUCAUUCACAUGUUAAAGAGUGACGAUCCAUUGUUGUUGGAUGCUGGUAACUAUAGCGUUAUUCAAUUAAUUACCAAGUUCUAUAAUUCUACCACUACUGCCAACAAUACUCAAUUGAACAACUUGUUGUCCUUGGUCUACAAGAAUACCUUCCACGCUUCUUAUCCAAUCAAGUCUGGUGCUAUGCUUUCAUUGAGUAGAGCAGUUGAAUGUAUGAAAUUGGCUGAUACUCAAGAUUUGAUUACUGUUUUAACUGCCAAUAUUGUUAACGUGCUUGUGGAAGAAUCUAAGCAUACCAACAAUUAUGAAGUUAAGGAAUCAGUUUUCAAGGCAAUGGAAGAUUUAUUCACAAAGACCAAGUCUUUGGAACCAAUCACUAAUUUGGAACUCAUGAAUAUCAUCUUUGACGUAUUGAUUAAGAACUGUACCGACAAGUCAUGUGGCUCAAAUUCUGAUUAUCCAAGAAGUGCUUGUAUUAAUGCUUUAUCAAGCUACUUGGUUUAUAUCAACAAGUACAGCCAAGAAAUUGAUAAGUUCAUUAUCAAGAACCAAUUGAAGCUCAUCAUCAAAUUGUUGAACACCAUUAUUGGUGAAGAAGAAAUGAUCAUUGUCAUUUCUAGUAUCAAGCUUGCAAGAGUAAUUGAUUUAUGGUACAAUAACGAAAAUUAUAAUGUAGAUAUGACCAGCUUGUAUGGAAGUGUUUUGUGCUUGUCUUAUGAUCAAGAUGAUGAAAUCAAGUACAAUGCCUUGCCAUUGAGAACUAGUAUGAUUGGAUCUGUUAAUACUGAAAAGAUUGUUAACAUUUGUAAAUCUCUCUCUGCUGAAAUUUUGAACGACGAUGUUGAUGAAGAUAAGAGAAUUGCUUCAAGUAUGGUCUUGAAGUUCUUGGCUUCUCACCCAGCUCAUUUAACAUCUUUAAGUGGUGAUGUUUUGAAGAAGUUGUUCACAAUUGUUGCUAAGGGUUUAUUACUCGAAGAUAACAGAGAAAGUAAGGUUAUCCAAGCCAACUGCUUGUUGUUAUUGAGAGAAUUGUCAAAGAAUAUGCAAUUCAAGACUUUCAAACAUACCAAUCAUAUUAUGUUAUUGUUGAUUAACUUGCUGGCAAACAAGAAGUCAUUUGAUUAUGAAGUUGAUUUUGAUGAAGAAGAUGAAAGCGAAGAAGAUAGUGAAGAUGAAAAGGAAGAUUUGGAAUUGAAAUACCCAGGCAAGCUUUCUUCAUCCAAGAUUAAUGCCCAACGUUGCAAGGUUAUUGUUGACAUUAUUUUGAAUGUUGAACCAGAGCUGAUUGAUUACUUUAAUGCAAUCAAAACCAUUUUGGGAUUGUACAAACAAACUGAAGCCAAUGUUAAGCAUGUAUCAUAUUUGGCAUCAUUGUUUGGCUCUCAACACAAUUUCUAUGAAUUGAACCCAACUGUACCAAAAUUGCAAGUAGAUGACUUGAUGGAAUCACUUGAAGAUAUGGAAGUUCCAGUAGAAAAUGAUAGUGAAGAUGCCAAGUUAUUUAUUUUGGAUAAUGUCAUGUCCAUUGGAGGUGGAGUUAACAAUAAUGGAGCUGACAUUUGCGAUAACAUCACCAGCCCAUACUAUAAUGAAAACCUUAUUAUUAAUACCAUUAAUAAUGGUGAUGUUGAAGAAGAUGCCCUUAUUGACUCAUUGAAUAACAGCAUUCAAGAUGAAGAAGACGAAAACAUUACCAAGUACGCAUUUGUUUUGUCUCAAUUGUUGAGCAAGAAUAAGGCAUUGAAUGGUGAAUAUGAAGACUUGAUUAAUACCAUUAUUGAAAAGGUUACCGAAUGUUCAAUGGACGAAUCUGUAUUGGUCUGGUUGUUGAGACUCUUGGAAACUAUUGCAGCAUUUGAUAAGGAAUUCAAUGAUGAUAAGGUUUAUAAAUUCGCCACCAAGAUUGACAAGUACAAUUCAAAGGUAUUUAUUGCUGCAUGCUCUUGCAUUUUACAAGUUGCUGUCAAUAAUGGUAAAUUGAAUGAAAUUGUCCAAACAGUUAGUGACCUCCUUGUUGAUGAAGAUAUUGAUGAAGGAAAGGAUUUAAUUCAAUACGUUUUACAUAGAAACAAUAUCAAAUUACCUCUUCCAACACCAAAAGUAGACAAUGUCAAGUCCAAUGAGACAUUUGCUGCCACACAAAGUAAAUAAAGUUUACAACAAAUCUACUGUAAAA